CUCUUCCGUUUACUCCGUCGCCGGAGCUGAAUAUCGCUGUCCAGCUCUACGGACAGCCCGGUGAUCGGGAUCUCGCGACUCUCCGACCAAGUAUCGGCUAGAUUUUGCGAGAAUUACGGCGGACGAGAACUUGAGGGUUCGCGUUACGUGAUGGGGACUGGAAUGCUUUUUGCGAGAUUGUGAUAUUUAUUGUCGGUGGCCAAACAGAGCAUUAAUUUAAAUUUUUUUUUUAAGAUUUCAACUUAAUUUUGGACUUUCUCACGAAAUUUCGUUAUAUUUGAAUGAUUUAGAAGCUCUGAGUUUCCGCAAAUUUAAGGUGGGUUACGUGUGGGGACUGGAAUGCUUUUUGCGAGAUUGUGAUAUUUAUUGUCGAUGGCCAAACAGAGCAUUAAUUUAAUUUCUUUCUUAAGAUUUCAACUUAAUUUUGAACUUUCUCACGAAAUUUCGUUAUUUUUGAAUGAUUUAGAAGCUCCGAGUUUCCGCAUAUUUAAGGUGGGUUGUGUGGGAAAUUAGCUUGAAGGAACCAUGAAAAGGGUAACGGUUACAAGAAGGUUGGGUAAGUAUGAGGUGGGCAGAACCAUCGGCGAAGGAACCUUCGCCAAAGUUAAGUUUGCGCAGAAUACAGAGACCGGCCAGAGUGUGGCCAUGAAAGUUAUAGCCAAAAGCACUAUUCUUAAACACAGAAUGGUUGAUCAGAUUAAAAGAGAGAUAUCGAUAAUGAAGAUUGUCAGGCAUCCGAACAUAGUUAUGUUGCAUGAGGUUUUGGCUAGCCGAACGAAGAUAUAUAUUAUUCUUGAGUUUGUAACUGGAGGAGAGCUAUUUGAUAAAAUUGUCCACCAAGGACGGCUUCCUGAAAAUGAAUGUAGGAGAUAUUUUCAACAGCUAAUAGACGCAGUUGCUCAUUGUCAUUGUAGGGGUGUAUACCACAGAGACCUUAAGCCUGAAAAUCUUCUUCUUGACGCUAAUGGUAAUUUAAAGGUGUCCGACUUUGGACUUAGUGCAUUGCCCAAACAAGGGGUUGAUCUUCUUCACACUGUAUGUGGAACACCAAAUUAUGUUGCACCUGAGGUGCUGAGAAAGCAGGGUUACGACGGUGCAGCUGCUGAUGUCUGGUCAUGUGGAGUCAUACUCUUUGUUCUGAUGGCUGGAUAUCUCCCAUUUUAUGAGACAGACCUCCCGACAUUGUACCAAAAGAUAAACUCUGCAGACUAUUCUUGUCCGUAUUGGUUUUCUCCUGGGGCUAAGUCGUUGAUAGACAAUAUACUUGAUCCAAAUCCUAAAACUCGUAUCCAAAUUGAAGGAAUCAGAAAACAUCCAUGGUUCAGACAAAAUUAUGUGCCUGUCAGACAUAAAGAAGAAGAUGAUGUGAAUUUGGAUGAUGUUUGUGCUGUUUUUGAUAACAUCGAGGAUCAAUUUGUAGCUGAGCAUUCGGAAAAAAAUGAGAAGGGUCCUUUAAUGAUGAACGCAUUUGAGAUGAUUACCCUGUCCCAAGGAUUGAAUCUAUCUGCAUUAUUUGACAGAGGGCAGGAAUUUAUAAAAAGGCAGACUCGUUUUGUUUCCCAAAAACCAGCCAAAGUUAUAAUUUCGACUAUUGAAGCUGUUGCAGGGGCCAUGUGCCUCAAGAUUCAUACACGCAAUUAUAAGACAAGACUGGAAGGGAUCUCUACAAGUAAUGGACAACUUGCGGUAGUCAUAGAGGUUUUCGAAGUUGCACCAUCACUUUUCAUGGUAGAUGUCCGUAAGGCUUCUGGAGAAACUCUGGAAUAUCACAAGUUCUACAAGAGUUUCUGUGCUAAAUUGGAGAAUAUCAUCUGGAAACCAGCAGAUGGUCUUGACAGCUCCAAUAUGCUUAGAACAAUGAUUUGCUGAUCCAGUUUCAUGGGCGUGAGGCAAAUCAGAGACCAGGCCUGCAUAAUGAAACCUUUCUGGCUCAGUGAAAAAAUGUUUUGGUGGUGGCAUUAUAGUUACACGCAUCGAGUGUUUGCAUAUGUUAGGUUUGAAGUCACACAGUUCUGAUAUUGCAGAAGCUUAGAGUAAACCCACUAUCAUGUACCCCAACCUCUUAUAUAUUUUCAGCUGGGAAGGCCACAUUAACUCUGUAUCUAUCAUAUAAAACUUGCAAUUUCAGUCGAAAUAAAUAAAUCAGAAAAGGGAAAUUCUGGAUUUCAUGUCUA